CGCGUGGUCGUUCAGCGUUUUCAUUUCUUGGCUCUGGCGCUCUCCACCCCGGUGAAGCCCAUAUUGCAUGGUGCGCUCGCAAGACGCGAGGCCAGCAUCGUGCCUCACGUACCGACUCUGUUCCCUGCUCUCUUAACUGUGUUCCUGUGCGACGAACUCGAAAUCAUGGCUGCCGACGUUGAAAUCGUACAUGAGCCGCAGCCUGCUCCAUCCAGGGCGCAACCUGGCGAUGCUAAGCUCUCGCGGUACCGCACUGUGCGAAAGGCCCAAUUGAAGCAGCAAGAGACGGAGGUACCUCGCCCGCCUCCGAUUCCUGACGAUGUAAAAGUGCAAGAAAAUAUUCAGCGAAGUAUGAGUCGCUACCGUCGUUCGCAACCAUCAAGCUCGCGAAACAAGACCGAACCUGCGCCUCCACUUCCACAGCCCGCUACAGCGACAAAAGCGGACACUCCGCACGCCCUCGGCCGACGCUAUGAGUCGUAUAACAUACAGGCGAAGGCCCAGCGUCCCCAACCAGAGUUUGGUGGCGCAUUGCGACGAAGGGCGCAAGCGGAAAGCGCCGCAAAGCAGGAUGAGUCUCGCAAUCAGGGCACCUUGCUUGACCAGCAAGCUCGGCGCAAAGCCCACCCAGUCGGCGUAAGUGAGGGCGAGCAACUUCUGGCAAAGGAGCGAGAGCGAUACGAGAGAAUCAAGGCGCAGCAGCGGGCCGAGAGAGCGGAACAAGACAAAAUACUUGCGGCAGAGAGACGCAAAAGAGAGGCCGAGGAGGCCGAGAUACGCCGUGUUGAGGAGGAGAAACGGGCGGAAGAGGAGCGCAUACGUCGUCUGAAGGAAGAAGAGCAGGAACGAGCUGCGCGUGAAAAGGAAGAAGCGAAACAACGUCAGAGGGACGAGAAAGCUGCACGCAAGAGAAGGCCUACCAAUGUCACCGUGCCCUCUCAAGACCAGACGAGCAGUCCACAGCCAUCCUCAAGGGGAAGCGGAAGCUCUCCAACCUCCUCACGGAGGGUCGGGGGGUUUUUUAGACGAAAGAAGGAAGAUGGGACACCACGGCCCUCGACAGCUGCAGACGAUAGACGCCCGAAGACAAGUCAUGCAUCGCCGCCCAAAUUUGACCUCCCGACCAUCAAACCAGGCGGCGGCGGGAUCGUGCCUCUCAGCGAUGCACCGGUCUCAGGUGUUGCAAGCGCAGAGAGACGGGUUCGAAUUCGAUUUGGCAAGUCGGAGAUUAACUUACCCGUCGAACCAACAACUUCUGCUCAGCAGCUGAUCAAAUCUGCAUCCAACGUCAUGUCGGAGCAGUUUAAUCCCAGAGAGGCUGUUAUAUACGAGCACUACAGACCAGAAAACAUACGGCGACCCCUACGUAUGUACGAGCACGUGCAGAAAGUUCUGAACUCGUGGGAGGAUGAUCACCAGAACUAUCUCAUGAUUGAGCCGUCCGAUCCUGAAGCUGAUCAGGAGCUAUAUGAAGCUCACGCUCCUCAACAACAUCAACUCAGGCAAUUUGAACGUUGGCUCAUGUAUCAAUACAAACCUGGCAAGUUCGACGACCGCUGGAUCACCGUUCGAACCGACGGCCAGAUUCUUGCAGCGAAAAACCAAAGCGGAAAGGAUGUCGUCCAAGUGUGCAACAUCUCAGACUUUGACAUUUACGCACCUAUCCUAGAUCCGAAGCGACAAAAGAAGAAGUCCAGGACGGUCACCUUGCUCGUGAAGUCGCAGCAGAAGAGCGCCAUGUUUCUGAAUAAGUCUGACUUCAUCCACGUAUUUUGCACAGAAGACAAGCAGGCCGCUGAGGACUUCUUCCGUGCUGUUCAAGAUUGGCGAAGCUACUACUUGGUCAAUAAGAUGGGCCAGGGCAAAGGUAGUAAGCUUGGAGAUCUGGCGUCCGAUCCUACGGGAGGACACCAGCGUAGCAAGUCCGUGGAAUCGCACUACAUGCUUGGUUCGUUCAAUGACCUUGGAUUGGACUUUAGCAACUUCGGAAGAACGCAAGAACCCUCUAAUGCAGAGAAGCGCAAGGACUCUUUCGAUGAGAAUCGACCGCUUGGCGCCUUUGGAUUGGCUCUCCCCUCUGCGCAAGAGCAUUCUCGUAUGAUGCACCAAAGGCAAUUGUCAGAACGAAAGGAGAGAACGCGCGUUCCACCAACAGCACUCCGCCACGGAAUCCCCAACAGGCCCGGAGGCCGCGAAGAUGCAUUGGCCGCUCUCAACGGUGCGUCACAGAACCACAGAUUAAGCUGGGACAGCACUCGUAGCGGCGACGAUGCCUUCAACCCCAAUGGCUUGCUAGGUUCACAGUACCAGCAACGCAAGCAUAACGCGAAAGCCUCGCAAGACUACGGAGGCGGCCUCCAGCGUAACACUUCUGUUCGGUCAAGUAUUUCCCAGCGCAGAAACUCGUUUGACUCAGGCACACUUGGUAGGCACAAGAGCGUCCGCCAACCUGAUUUCGGCAAGCCUCUCGUCGAUCUCACACCUCAAUACAAAGAGCCCCCGCAGUUCGCCAAGCGUGGCAAGGGCUUCAAGCCUGAUCAAAUUGGCUCUGGCGGCCUCAUCGAGAACGCCACAUCACCGGAGAACCCUCUUGGCAUACCUGGAAACAACGAUUGGCGCGCAAGACCAUCGACGAGCGGUGGAGGGUUGGAGAAAUCGAAGAGCAUCAACCGUACGAAGAGCACGAGGAGACAACCGCAUGGUGCGCCUGACGACCUUGAACCUUUCACCGUAGGCCUGCUGGCGCAGAGCGGGAAGAGCGGUUGGGGCGAUGGCCAGGUGGGCCACGGUGUAAUAAGUGGGAACCAUGCGAAGGGCCCAAUGUUGGACAUGAGCGAGCCAAGUUUGUUUGGCAGUGGCACGCUGCUAAGGAAGAUGGAAGCACAGAACUUGGGCAAUCCCGUCGGCAAGUAGUCCGGUCGAGGAAGAACUAUCGACGGAAGCAGCCGAUCUCUCUGUCGGCCUGGGUUUUUUUUUCUUUCUUUCCUCUCUUUUUGUUUUUUGGGGGGGUUCGGCUUUGUAUCACGAUUCGCUGGAUUUGUGAUUGUAAUGAUGGAACGGCCGUCAGCAUCCGGGUUCGUGCAUUAGGAAAUCCUCGCUGGAGUGCGUUUUGGUUCGAGAUGUCGCUAGAGGAAAUUCUGGGCCUUUUCCCUGCCGUGUACGAAUAUAUGUUAGUGUCCUCCAGCGUUGUUGUGCGUACCUGCAUUAGCCCCGGUCCGGCUCGUGUUUCCACUCCCUCUAAACUCCUCCGUUGUUCUGCCCCGGCGCCCGAGCC